AUGUCGACAGGUCCUGUCAUUAGGUCGACCGAGCAGGGUAACGACAACGAGGAUGAUCGUAAACGUGUUUCGAAAGCCUGCAGUCGAUGCCGUCUACGCAAAGAUCGCUGUGACGGAUCUCAACCAUGCACGAAUUGUCAGACUGCGAACAAGCCUUGCUCGUACGAGGCCACCACGAAGAAACGUGGCUUGCCCGAAGGUUACGUGCGAGGCUUCGAGAAGCUCAUUACUUUGGCUUGUCAAACAAUAGACGGUUUGGAGCCAGUCCUGACAAGUCUACUCAAGGACGAAGAGCUUCGCAAGCUAUGGAACACCUCGAAAGGAGACGGCUUAUACUCUAGUUGGAAGGACUCAGACUUGUAUCAUCAACUAGACGGAUUCCUACGAGAUACUGCUUCGAACUAUAGCGGUCCAAAGCGAAAGCGUGACGACGAUAGUUCCGAGAGUCCACCUGAAUUAGACACAGUACUGCAACAAUUGAGAGCGAACCAGUUCCGAAUUACACAAGAACAACUACUAUACACGAUGACGGGACAACAUGUUACAGACGGCCAAGAGCAGACGGCACAGCCCUUACCUACAACAAAGUUGCCAUCGAAUAGUAAAGGAUUGAUUGACCUAUACUUCACUCAUGUUCACUGCUGGUUUCCUAUACUUGACCGGCCAUCAGUUCUGAAAGAGUAUUACGCGUAUUCGAGGAGGACCCUGGGACAGAAACAGCACGAUGGAGGACAAGCACUGAUCUGGGCUAUCCUAGCAUACACUGUCCAGUUAGACGCGGAUAUGCAGGACAAGCAAGCCCUCAGUCGGCGUUACUCGGAAAUUUCACUGAAGUACAUUCCAACUCCCUACACUAAUGCUGAGGAUGUCCAAGAUUUCGACGUGAUGCAAGCUCAGGCGCUUGUGAUCUUGUCUCUGCUGCGCCUUGGGAACGGACAAUGGGUAGGUGCGUGGAUGUGCACUGGCAGAGCAGUCCGCAUUUUGCUCGCCAAGAACGUUCAAGCUGAGCACUCACAGCAGAGGAGAGGAGCCUUCCAAGGGUGUUUUAUUCUAGAGACUCUGCUGAACGUACACUUUGACAACACUCGACCACUAUUCUUACCCAGUCUGGUUGAUCAUAUGCUAGAUGAAGACGGAUUCGAGGAGUGGGAGUCUUGGGGCAGCAGUCAAGGACCAUCGUUCGCUCGCAGCAUCUUCAAUCGCCUAACCAGCGUCUUCCUCAUUCUGCACGACGCUCUCACAGACAAUGCAGCGUCUAUGGACCCGUCCUACAUUCAGUCCAAGCUCACGUCAAUCCACAAUUUGGCUCAAGAACACUUCAACCUCGGUAUUGGUAGCCCGACAGUCGAGAGUCCACCUCACCACGUCUAUUUUCAAAUCGGCUUGCUGUUCGCUCAGCUGCGACUCGUUUCACGACUGGCCGAGCAGGACGCGGUCCAGUUCGACCUUAUGUCGUUAACGAUUAACGUAUUAGGGUUAUUUGAAAUUUGUGAGAAAUCUGUCAACAUUGGUCUCACUCGCAUGCCACCAUUAUUUGCUGAUAUUCUGAAUCUCGCUAUUGACGUCGCCGCAGGUGCAAGAAUUUCAUUCGGCUCCUCAGCAUCUUCUCCAACUUAUCAAGACUUCGUAUUCACCAUAUCUGACUUCCGAGCUCGUUUGUCUAAUAUCUGGGCUUCCUUCCAUAGCAGAAAGGCCAUAUCAACGCCUGGCACUGAGUCUUCUGGAGCACGCCGAACCAUGUACAACGACGAUUAUGUUGUCACAGAUGUGGCAGUGCACAGCCAGACAGAGCCUCAGGAAGCUUUUCCUACCACUAUCGGGACUCGAUCAACAUCCCAGAUCCCGUUGGCACCCACGCAAUCGUUCUUCCCGGAGGCCAAUCAGAAUGCCCUCGGCCAAGGCCCUUGGUCCGGAGUCGAUCUGGUUGGUGAUAGCUUAGUCUCUGGCGCAGCAUUCCCCAUUACUUCGCCAAGUUUCGCCGGAGAUGAAGUUGACGCCAUUUUUCACGAGAUGGCUCAACUUGACACAAGUGAAUGGGCAAAUGAACGUGCCAUGGGGCUGAAAGAUUUUGGCUUCUCAGACGAGUCGGCUUUCAUGGAUUUCUGUAACGACCCUGAGCGGCUCUUACCAGUAGACAGCAGCAUGCCUUUGUCAAGCAAUCGACAAUCCUGGACCUUUACUGGCCAGCCGCCUUGA